AUGGAUGAGCAAUACCAGGAGGAGGAUGACAUUAACCAACAAGAAGAGCUAGUUUGUGACCAAGAUAUGAUGGAUGAACAGAAUGAAUUCGAACAAGAUUUUGGAGAUGAAUUUACUGAGGGAGCGUAUUUUUCUGAUUCUGAUCCGUCAGAAGAUACCCUUGAAGCUGCUUAUGCGGUUGACUUUGUGCAAGACAAUACAACUUUGAAUUUCACUGAAAAUUGUGCGGAGAAAAUUGGUAAAUAUCACUUUUCUACUUUACAUCUUGCAUUUGAUUUUUAUCUGAAGUACUCAAAGUCGAAGGGCUUUAGUGUAAGGAAGAGUAAGACUUUCAAGAAUAGUAUUAACGAGAUUUACAAACAAAAGUUUAUGAAAAAAAGGAAGAAGGAGCCUAGAUUGGAAACAAGAACUGGGUGUGAAGCCUGA